AAAAUACAAUGUGCUCAGGAAAAAAUCAGAACCAUAUCCAGCAAUUAUAUAAUAUCCAGCAAUUAAAUCAAACUCGCAGUUGAACGUUGUGCAGCUUUCAGUCAGCUAUGGGAUCCAAGGUACGGUUAAAUUCAUCCAUUGACAAAAUGUCUCCAGUGAUGGAACGGCUACCAAAAAUACAACCCUGUGGUUGUAUUUGUUAAGUUGGGCGGAUACUGUUAAGAUGCAGUGACGUGUGCAACCCGGCUUCCCCGUCAGUAAAGGUUUGAAUGCAUUCUGCAGCCAGGGUCUGCGAAGGACACAUCGCGCGCGGCGCUCAGCACCUGGAAUGCCCUGGGUCCGCGUGUCAGUGUCGCGCGCGGCGGUGCGUGUGGCGCGCGCCGCGCUCGCUCAGAGGCUGGCGGAAUGAGCGGCCGCUCGUGAGAUCCUCGGCGCUGAAGAGCGACGCUUUACCUUUAACGGCAAUCGGGCUCCGCUGCUCCCACACCUCGGUUUAACUCCGAGGGAGGAUACAUCGUGUUAACACCGGAGAAACGGGAACCAUUCGUCGGGGCGGGGGAACCUGGAAAACUUCGGUGUAUUUUAUUACGGUGUGCCUAAGUGACGAUGGCACCAUUCCUCUGAGAGCACAUCAUUCCCACCUCGUCACCUGUCUCCUGUUGUCCUGUGACAGCUGCGGGCUCUGAUGCAAACACCCGGAGGUGGCAGGAGGAGGAACGCAUGAGACCGGCCAUGUCCAGCGGAUGCUUGAAUUCAAAUGAAGCUGACUUACUGUUGCCCGAGAACAACAGUAUAUGGAGUCAUAUUGUCCUGAACGUCCCAAAAUUAACCAUAUUUCUGAAAGCUGCGGACGGGAUGGGCAGUCUGGGAGCCGAGCAGGCCCAUGUCGCCGUGCCUGUAGCAGACCCUGGCGCCUGGGCUACGGCCAUGAGCAAUCUGGGCAUCGUGCCGAUGGGCGUGGCCGGGCAGCCACUGGUUUCAGAUUCCAUCUGCAUCCAGAGCUUUGACCCCAGCAUGAGUAUUAUUGCCCCCAUCAACCCAAUGUUGGCGGGCAUCAGCCUGGUUCCGCCCCCACCAGUCCCAGCCGAGAUGCCCGUUGUCAAGGAGAUAAUCCACUGUAAGAGCUGCACGCUCUUCCCACAGAACCCCAAUCUCCCCCCUCCGUCCACCAGGGAGCGCCCCCCAGGAUGCAAGACCGUGUUUGUCGGGGGGCUCCCCGAGAACGCCAGCGAAGAGAUCAUACGCGAGGUUUUCGAUCAGUGCGGCGAGAUCAUCGCCGUACGCAAGAGCAAGAAGAACUUCUGCCACAUUCGCUUUGCGGAGGAGUUCAUGGUGGACAAGGCCCUGUACCUGUCCGGGUACCGGAUGCGCAUCGGGUCCAGCACGGACAAGAAGGACUCGGGCCGCAUACACGUGGAUUUUGCACAGGCGCGCGACGACCUGUACGAGUGGGAGUGUAAGCAGAGACUGCUGGCUCGUGAGGAACGCCACCGCCGCAGGGUACAGGAGGAGCGACUGCGGCCACCCUCGCCCCCUCCCAUAAUGCACUACUCAGACCACGAAGCGGCCCUGCUGGCGGAGAAGCUGAAAGAUGACAACAAGUUCAGCGAGGCCUCCACGGUGUUGCUGACCUGGAUCGAACGCGGCGAGGUCAGCCGCCGCUCGGCCAACCAGUUCUACUCCAUGAUCCAGUCGGCGAACAGCCACGUGCGGCGGCUGCUGGGCGAGAAGGCGCAGCGCGAGGAGGAGAUGGAGGAGGCGCGCGAGCGAUUCAGGAGCGCCCUGCUCUCCAUCCUGGCGCAAUUUGAGCAGAUCGCGGCCGUUUUCACCGCUGCUACCAGGCAAAAGGCAUGGGACCAUUUCUCAAAAGCACAGCGCAAGAACAUAGACAUUUGGCGCAAGCAGUGCGAGGAGCUGCGGAAUGCCCACAGUGAAGAAAUCAUGGGCAUUCGCAGGGAGGAGGAGAUGGAGAUGUCGGAGGAUGACUCAGACGAAAACCCCAGCAAGAAAAUGCGGCUGGAUGACUCAGCCCUGGGCACACAGGUCUGUGCCCUGCGGGAGGAGAACGACAGCCUGCGCUGGCAACUGGACGCCUACAGAAAUGAGGUAGAGCUGCUAAAACAGGAGCAAGGCAAGAUGCAACGUGCUGAGGAUGGUUCCAUCAAGGAGCAGCAGCUGCCGUUCCUGCAGCAGAGCAUGCUGGGAAUGCAGCAGCUCCGUAGUCUCCAGGAGGAGCUGAGGAGUAAGGAGAGGGAUCUGGAGUGGGCCAGGGAGGAGCAGCGCUGCGUGGAAGAGGAGCUCCGGGCCCUGAGGGAAAAGCUGCAGAAGAAUGUGGAUGCCGUGGAGGCGAACCACAUGGAGAUGUCAGAGAAGCGCCUGAACGGAUACACAGGGAGCCUCCAUACUGGCCAAGACAGGAGCGGCGAGCCGACCGCACGGGGCCCUGCUGUUUCUGAGAAGGAGGCGCUGUUGCUCGGGAUCAUCUCCACCUUCCUCCACGUCCACCCUUUCGGAGCCAAUAUCGAGUAUCUGUGGUCGUACGUCCAGAGGCUAGACGCUAAGAGCUGUAUAGAUGCAUCUCCUGAAUCUGAGCCCCGACGGCGCCCCCUUCAGGUUUCGGCAGGGGAGCUGGAGGGCCUCAUGACACGGCUGCCGCGGAUGUUCAAGCAGGAGUUCAGCGGCGUCGGCGCCACACUGGAGAAGCGCUGGAAGUUCUGCGGCUUCGACGGCAUCCACUCCGUGUGAUGUGGCUGGUGGUUUCCAUGGAAACCAGGGCAGGGAAGCGGGGGGGGGGGGGGGGGGUUGGUUGUGGGAAACGGCCUUUAGCCACAAUCCUCCAGAGAGGAAGCUCAACCACAUGAGAAAAUGGUCUGGCUGCCAUCAUUUUUUUCUGAAAACGCUUAUCAUGGCAAGGAAGGGAAGUGCACAGUAACCAUUGUGUGUGUUUUUUACUUGAAGUGGAUGAACCCAGACCUCUUGACUGACUGUAUAACAUUAAUUGUCCACUCUGGCUGUCUGAGAGUUCAUCCUUAAGUAUGGACUUAGGCAACAUUUAAUACAGACAAGAUUUAUACUGAUAAAGGGCAUGUUUAUGCCCCUUGCACCAUAAAAUAUAACAAAUAUAUCUUUAAGAGAGAUGUUUACUGAAUGAGAGUUAUUUUUCCACAAGAUCAGUUUGUCAACAACACAUAAAUACUGGAUUUAUCAGCUAAAAAUACAUGUUUAUACUGAAUGUAUGAAUGAAAACUUUUGUUGUCGUCUGUGUCCUGUGGUAAAAUCUGUAUUCUGAGCACAUCAUUGUUAAGUGUGGUUAUCUACUUGUGUAAAUUAUUUUUUAUCAAAUAAAGACUUUUAUCUACUGUAAAAUGU